AUGGAGGAUCCUGCACACGAUAUCUUUGUAGUGUACGGUGAACCCAACGGUGAAGCAAAAAACUUUCGUCCAUUGGAGCAAUGCUCCAUCUCCUUCACCAUUCUCCUCUUCACAGCAAGCCGCCGCAUCACUGGCUGCUCCACCAACCAGCCAAAUACCGGCUCUCUCACAGCUGCCGUAACCCCCAACAGGAGUCCUGACCGUCUAAACCCAGUUGAUGGGCUGCCAUAA